AGUUGCAGCCUGUGGAAGCGCUGGAUCCGAAUGAGUGUCAGAGAGGAGCGGUGCUGAGCGGGGGAAGGAGCGGGGCGGCGAGGAGAGAAGCUCGGCUAGCAGGCAGCAGGCAGCAGGCAGGCAGGCAGAGAGCAGCUCGGAGCGGGGAGAGGGGAAUCACCUGCAGUCCUAUCGCCCUGCACAAGCGGCGGACGGGUUACUCGCUGUGCCAGCUAUGAGCGCCUUGGUCCCACUGCUGAUGGCUCUACUCGUCGGGCAAGGCAUUCCCUCGGGAUUGCGAAUGACUUACUCCCACUCUGGGUUUGUGGGGACUGAGGUGACUGAUGAGGCCAACAUGGGAAACCGCAGGCUCUUCCACAGAUGGGGCCAUGCGUCCUCGUUCACGUUGCAGCCGGAGGACCGCGUGGUGGUGGCCGGCCACCCGGUCACGCUGUCCUGCGCCGUCGCUGGUUACCGCGGCAUCGUCCUCUGGACCAAGGACGGGCUUGGGCUGGGGGUCGAGAAGCAGCUGCCAGGGUUUCCCCGUUACUCCAUCGUGGGCGACCAUUCGGCCGGUGAAUACAGCCUCCGCAUUGAGAAGGCGCAGCUGAUGGACGACGCGGUGUACGAGUGCCAGGCCACGCACGCUGCCCUGCGCUCUCAGCCCGCCCGCCUCACCGUGCUCAUCCCUCCGGACAAUCCAGUCAUCAGCAACGGGCCAGUGGUCAGCCUGAAGGUCGGAGACUCCCUGAACCUGACGUGCCGUGCGGACAAUGCCAAGCCAGCGGCGGUCAUCACCUGGAUCCGAGAUGGAGAGCCCCUGGGUGGGGCCACCUACAUCAAGAGGCUCCUGAAGGAUGGCAAACGAGAGAGCAUCAGCAGCAGCCUCCAUAUCCCACCAUCCGAAAUUGAAAACGGCCAGCGUAUCAUUUGUAGAGCGAAGAAUGCGGCAGUCCCGGAGGGGAGAGAGGCCGAGGUCACUAUCGAUAUCCAACAUCCACCACUGGUGAACCUGACAAUGGAGCCACAACCGGUUCUGGAAGGCAGCACGGUGAGGUUUCGGUGCUCUGCCAAAGCGAAUCCUGCCGUCAGCCUGUACAGGUGGGCGAAGGGCGGCCAGGUGUUGCGGGGAGUGCAGGGUGACACCUAUGAGACGGUGGUGGACUACACCUUCUUCACAGAGCCCGUGUCGUGCGCUGUGUCCAACCCGCUGGGAAGCACCAACAUCAGCAGGACUGCCGACGUCUACUUCGGACCCCGGCUGACCUCCGAACCCCAAUCGCUGGCCGUGGACCUGGGGUCAAGUGGUGUCUUCAACUGUGCCUGGAUGGGAAACCCAUCUCUCACCAUCGUGUGGAUGAAGCGAGGUUCUGGUGUGGUUCUCAGCAAUGAUAACAUCAUGACCCUGAAGGCCGUCACCCAGGAGGAUGCUGGGAAGUACGUCUGCCGGGCUGUCGUGCCGCGAGUUGGUGCCGGCGAGAGGGAGGUCAGCCUGACCGUUAAUGGGCCUCCCAUCAUCUCCAGCACGCAGAUGCAGCAUGCCCUGCAGGGGAAGAAGGGCCAGAUCAAGUGCUUCAUUCGUAGUACACCUCCUCCCGACCGAAUAGCCUGGUCAUGGAAGGAGAACGUUCUGGAAUCAGGGACCUCUGGGCGUUACACAGUGGAGACGGUGAGCAUGGAGGAAGGAGUGAUCUCCACACUGACCAUCAGCAACAUUGUACGUGCCGACUUCCAGACCAUCUACAACUGCACCGCCUGGAACAGCUUUGGCUCCGACACAGAGAUUAUUCGACUGAAAGAACAAGAGGCCCUCUCAUUGGCAGUCGUCAUCGGUGUGGCCGUCGGCGCUGGAGUGGCUUUCGUCGUGGUCUUUGCGACCAUCAUGGUCAUCUGCUGUUCACGUUCACAGAGAAAUGUUAAGGGUGACGUUUCUGCCAAGAAUGAGAUCCGUGUGGAGAUCGUCCACAAUGGGGCCCAGCAGCCAGGAGAGCAGGCAGCGAUCCAAAACGUGAUGAUUAACAGGGGGGAAUUCGAGCAGGACCCUGUGUUGAAGCAGCUGGAAGUCCUCAAGGAAGAAGAGAAGGAAUAUCAGCAUAUCAAGGAUCCCACCAACGGCUACUACAGCGUCCACACCUUCCCCGAGCUGCGUGCAGCCGGUGGGAGCGGCACGGCGGCGUGCCCGCCCGACCAGCGCCCGCCCGCCAAGCAGCGUGUGCCCACGGGCAUGUCCUUCUCCACCCUGUACACGCAGCUGAGCGCGGCCAACCGCAUGUACGAGUACGGGCAGCGCUUUGUGUUGGGCAACGGCAGCAGCUCCAUCGAGCUGUGCGAGCGGGAGUACCAGCGAGGCUCCAUGAGUGACAGCAACUCCUUCCUGGACAACCAGUGCAACAGCAGCAUCAGCAGCACCAGCAAGCAGGACAGCUCCGUCCAGUUCGACGAGGCCAGCAAGGCGUCCGCCUCCUCCCACUACUCCCACUCCUCCUCCCAGAACUCAGACUUAACUCGCCCACUGCAAAGGAGAAUGCAGACCCACGUCUAGCGACCCCCUGCCAAAAAAAACACGCUUCCCCGCCCUCCUCCCCACCCCCACCUCACACCUCCACAUGGCUGUGGUUUCCGGCCCUGGAGAUGGGGUCUCAAGGUGGGAUCAUCCCAGGUCAUGUUCUUCCAGGCCACUCUCCUCCC